UGAACCCCUGUCUGUAUGCUAUACACAGAAUAGGAUAUAGUUAUAAUAUAAUAUAAUAUAAUAUAGUAUAGUGUGUAAGCAUAUUAACAUGUGAACCGAUAGAGUGACACGGUUUUAGGGAAUUCGCUGUGUGGACAGUUUUGAGCCCGAGCGAGCCCCUACCGUGUCUCGCCGUCUGUAUAAUAUUUAGUGUAGUCCUGACAGACCAUCGAGCAGAGCCUCUGUUAUUUUCUUAAGUCUAACAAUUAUUCUGUGUACUAAUUUCUUUUAAAAUUGAUUAUAUUAAUAAAGUAUUAGUGAUAACUUAAACACCGCGUAUUUAUUACUAACGAACAAACUCGGUUGUGGAGACGUCCAUAACAUUUUUGGUGGCAGCGGUGGGAUCCGUAGAUUCCAGUUCGUUAAACAAUAAGUUAGUCAAUGCCGUGUAAUUUUGAGUUAAAGUAAAUCUAUGCUUAUAAUAUAAUUAAAUACAAGAAGAAAUUCUGAAGAAGAAAAUCCGAAGUGUCCAGAAAAUCUAAAACAUCGAAGUAUACAGAAAUUCCAGUUUACAAGACGACAAGGAAGGGAGCCCGCAGUACCGCUGUACUCGUAGCGUCGCCCAAACUAAUGGUUAGUAGCGCACGCACUCACACGAACGCGAAUCCGUAAUACGAGCAUCACAGCCGCCGCGUCCGUUCGUGGUACCGCUGAAAUUUAUAAGCGCGCACACACACACGCAAACGACGCAUAAUACACGCGCCGCCGCCGCCGUGUCGAUAGUGCCGCCCGAACCGAACGACACUCACUUACGCACGCACGCAUUUGCCGUGUAUGCUAGUUACGAAACCAGACGUCUGUGCCGCCGCCGAAUAUAUAUAUAUAUAUAUAUAUAUAUAUUAUAAUAUAGUACCAGCAGCUGAUAGCCGCUGAAAACACUGAUAUCCAGUGCACGACGCUCGUAAUCAGCGCCGCCGUGAAGUGUAAACAAACAACACAACUCGCGUUAGCGUUUCGAAUUCGUGAUAACUGAUAAGCGUUAAAUUUAAAAGUACGCGAUCGUUGUAAUCGGUGUAAAUACGCGAUCGUCGUUAUCAAAUAAAAUAUAUGCGACCGUUGUUUAUUAACGACAAGUCGUAAGCAAGCAGAGAAACCCACUACAGGGUGUAGUGGUCCCCGCGCCAGCAGUUUCGGGGCUAGCGAACGUCGAUUCCACAAGCGCAGUCGAAGAGGAAAGUCGUCGUUAACAUCCAAGGAAUUCGAGCCAAGCCAAGCAGAACAUCAGUGCAGAUCAUUUGAGCAUCCAGUAGAAGUGUUAAAAAAAUCAGUAAAAAAAAAAAAAAAAAUAAAAAACAUGGCAAGGAUCAUUUUAACUGCACUACUAACCUCAAUGGUAUGUCGUGGGCUUUCAAACUCUCAGAGCGGAAGUUUCCAAGUUACUUCAUUUCAGAACUCAUCGGGCUUAUACUUUGAAGCAAUGGGACCUCUUCGCAUUUCCUACACCAAUUGGGAUUUUAUCACUUACGUGAAUCUAACAACUUAUUACAUGAAGUACCAAAUACUCCAGAAAUUCCAUGACCAAACGGGCGAUAUUUGUAUUCAAUUGAAAAAAAGAGAGGAUUCGAUCUUAACUAGUGCGUGUACGGAUUUCAUACAAUCCACGGUUCCGUUCAUGCAAGAAAUUGAAUCAAAUCUCAAUUCUGUCAUACGAAUCCUUGGGUCAGACCACAGAACCUCUGAACAUCCGAACCGACAAUCUCGUGGGUUGAUAAAUGCAGUAGGAAGGCUAGCAAACAUUCUUUUUGGAGUUUGCUCCGAUCAGGAUGCAGAAUUCUUUUACAAAAACAUUGAACAUCUUGCUCGUUCCGAGGAUAAAUAUGUUCAUCUAUCACAGGAACAGAUACGCAUAGUCUCUUCAGUCAUAAAUAACGUAAAUUCCACCAUGCAUGAACUGCUAACAGAUGAUCAGAAAUUGCAGCAGAAUAUAAACAGAAUAGAAGAACAAUCAAGGCAUUCUGAGGCAACAAUCAAUGUAUUGGAAAUACAAAACACCUUCCUGGAACACACUGCAAUAUUGACAGUUUUCCUAAACCAAUUUGCUUGGGAAACUCAAAACCUCCAAUCCAUUGUCAACUCAGCGUUAAAUGGAUUGAUGCAUACAAAUGUCUACCCCCCAUCUCAAUUGAUUCACGAACUUAAACAAAUACAACUGACAUUACCUUCUACACUAGAGCUACCUAUAACUGAAUCUCAUUUAUCUAUCCCGGAAUUAUUCCGUACAUCCAAGUUAAGCGUAGUGUACAUCCAACAGAAUCUCGUAUUUGUAACCCGUAUACCCUUAUUGUCAAACCUUCGGUUUAACCUGUUUCAUAAUAUUCCACUUCCGAUACCUACAAAUAAAGGUAAUAUAUUAAUCAUUGAACCACAAGCUCAGUACUUGGCAAUAAGCGAUACUAACGAAUAUCAUUUCAGUCUAACCGACGAUCAGUAUGAAAAAUGUGAAACAUUGUUCUCUUUUAAGUUAUGUGUAAAUCCUGAGGCUAUUAGUAAAUCUAAACACCAGGAUAAUUGUGAGGUAUCUUUGUACAAUUCCCCGUAUCAAACGAUAGGAGCUUGUAAUUUCAAAUAUCUGAACCUAAAUACUACAAUCUGGCAUAAGCUUUAUCUACAAAACGCGUGGUUAUAUUAUUGCAUUUCGCAAGCAGUUACAGUAACAUGCGCACAAAACUCUAGCAGAAUCCUACUCAACGGUACAGGAAAAAUUCAAAUUUCCGAUAAUUGUGUUAUAUAUACAGAAAAUCUGAUUUUAACACCAUCAAGAACCCUAUCAUCAGAAAUUCAUAGAGAUUUCGUUCCAGAAAAUCCGAAUCUGCACGCAAUAUUAAAAAUGCCAGAAAUAAUUAACAGCCGUGUUCCCGAGCAAAUAGAUACAAAUAAAUAUUUUAAAAAUUUUAAUCAGUUAGCUGAAGAUGCUAAAAAACUGAAAGAAUUAUCUAAAAUGUACAACGAUACCAACAUAUUUGUAAAUCCAGAUCAUCAUUUUAUUAUAGUUUAUUGUAUUGUCAUUUUAAUAAUAGUUAUAAUUCUGUACAUGUUGAUCAAAUAUAAGUGUAAUCUACCUCGACUCUACAGACCGGAAAUAGCAGAACCCCAGAAUGUAGCAGAGUAUGUGCAAUCCACACACUCCCUUACAAAAUUCUAAAACUUCAGAGCAUCAGAACUCACGGAUGAAGUGAAACAUGGUGAUCAUUAGACCCCCAUGUCUCAUGUAGUCCGGGGGGUGUUGUGAACCCCUGUCUGUAUGCUAUACACAGAAUAGGAUAUAGUUAUAAUAUAAUAUAAUAUAAUAUAGUAUAGUGUGUAAGCAUAUUAACAUGUGAACCGAUAGAGUGACACGGUUUUAGGGAAUUCGCUGUGUGGACAGUUUUGAGCCCGAGCGAGCCCCUACCGUGUCUCGCCGUCUGUAUAAUAUUUAGUGUAGUCCUGACAGACCAUCGAGCAGAGCCUCUGUUAUUUUCUUAAGUCUAACAAUUAUUCUGUGUACUAAUUUCUUUUAAAAUUGAUUAUAUUAAUAAAGUAUUAGUGAUAACUUAAA